AUGAGUCGCCAAUACAGCUCCAGAUCGGCUUGCGGAGGGGGCGACCGGAGGGUCUUCAGCGCCCGCUCCACCGUGGUCUCCCGGGCCGGGGGUCGCACCGGGGGCUCCGGGGGUCGCUUCGGAGGGAGAUGCGGCUCGGGGGGCGGAGGCUACGGGGGCUAUGGCAGCCGGAGCCUUUAUAAUCUCGGGGGCACCAAGAGCAUUUCGGUCAGCGUGGCCGGCGGCGGCCAUGGCUUCAGAGGAGGGUCUUGCGGCUGGGGGGGCUUUGGCGGGAGGGGUUUCGGGAGUGGGAACCUGGGGGGCGGCGGGGGCUUCGGGAGCUUCGGCCCCGGGGGCUUCGGCCCCGUCUGCCCCCCCGGCGGCAUCCAAGAGGUGCAGAUCAACCAGAGCCUCCUGCAGCCGCUCAAUGUGGAGAUCGACCCCGAGAUCCAGAAGGUGAAGAUGCAGGAGCGCGAGCAGAUCAAGACCCUCAACAACAAGUUCGCCUCCUUCAUCGACAAGGUCCGGUUCCUGGAGCAGCAGAACAAGGUGCUGGAGACGAAAUGGGAGCUGUUACAGCAGGUGAACACUACAACGCGAACCAACAACCUGGAGCCCAUCUUCGAGGUCUACUUCGCCUCUCUGCGCCGCCAGUUGGACUGCCUUAACUCCGAGCGCAUGCGCCGGGAAUCGGAGCUCCAGAGCAUGAAGGACGUGGUGGAGGACUUCAAGAGCAAGUAUGAGGAAGAAAUCAACAGGAGAACCAAUGCUGAGAAUGAUUUUGUCGUCCUGAAGAAGGAUGUGGACGCCGCCUAUAGGAGAAAAGUGGAACUGCAGGCCAAGGUGGACUCGCUGAUGAAAGAGAUUGAGUUCCUGAAAUGUCUGUAUGAAACGGAGCUGUCCCAGAUGCAGACCAACAUCAGCGACACCAAUGUCAUCCUAUCUAUGGACAACAACCGCAGCCUGGACCUGGACAGCAUCAUCUCCGAAGUCAAGGCCCAGUACGAGGAGAUCGCCCGGUGCAGCAAGGCUGAGGCCGAGGCCCUAUACCAGCACAAGUACCAGGAGCUUCAGGUGACAGCCGGGCGUCACGGCGACGAUCUGAAGAGCAGCAAGAUGGAGAUCGCGGAGCUGCACCGUGCGAUCCAGAAGCUGCAAUCUGAGAUCACCAAUGUGAAGAAGCAGAUCGGCCAUAUUCAGGCGUCCAUCUCGGAUGCCGAGGAGCUUGGGGAGCGGGCCCUCCAGGACGCCCAGAAGAAGCUGGAGGAGUUGGAAGGAGCCCUGCAGAAGGUCAAGAAAGAGCUGGCCCAGAUGCUGCAUGACUACCAGGAGCUGAUGAGUGUCAAGCUGGCACUGGAUGUGGAGAUCGCCACUUACAGGAAGCUGCUAGAGGGCGAGGAAUGCAGGAUGUCUGGCGAGUUGCAGAGUGCCGUGAGUGUAUCGGUGCAAAGUAGCCAUUCGACCAUCAGUGGUGGCAGCAGCGGUAACUACGGCGGAGGCUACGGGAGCAGCAGCGUCAAAGGAUCCGGAUACGGCGGCAGUGGUGGCAGCAGCUACCGGGGUGUUAGUAGCGGGAGUGGAGAACUCAGCUACGGGAACAGGAGCUCAGUGAAGGGAGGGAGCGGGCUUAGCCGCUCCAGCAGGGGGGUGAAAUCCGGGGGCAAUUCCCGUGUCCAAAUCAUCCAGACGUCCACCAACACCUCCAGCAAGCACAUCUUCGAGUAGACGUAGGCCCGGCUGGGGAAACCACAGCCUUUAGAAUGCCCUGUCAUGGGACCUCUCAGUCCCCUUCGCUCUCAGAAGAAACCCCCCAGUCAUCUCAUUCAUUCAAUCGGAUUCAUUGAGCAUUUACCAUGUGCAGAGCAAUCAAUAAAUUGU